AUGAAGCAAUCACUAUUUUAUUUUUUCCUUCUGUUCUUCCUAUCCGCCGCUAAAUCGGACGAUGAUGAAUACUCAGAAUUGGACGAAUACGAAGUGAAGAAUAAAUUCACCGUCCGUGUCUUGCGAGGGUCUUCUUUCCGUUGCGGCCUGGACCUUGGGGAUGAGGCCGAAAUUGAAAUGAGGACUUUCUCCCCGGGGGUGCAUAUAAUGCCUCACAUACUAUCGGACUACCAAUUUGGCUAUGCCCAACAGAAAAUUAUAGUCGGCGAACACAACGUCACUCCCUUAAAUGCAGGACUGCGAGGAAUGUGCGUCGGCGAGCUAAGAAGAGUUGGCAUCCCCGUUGGUGGAAUCGGCAAGGUAUACUAUGAGAUUAACUUGAAGGAUUACACAAAGGCAACUCCCCCAAGAGACGAGCUGUAG